AUGACCACAGCGGGCGGCGGCUGGACUCUGGUGGCAAGCGUGCACGAGGACAACAUCUACGGGAAAUGCACGGUGGGCGAUCGUUGGACCAGCCAGCAUGGCAACAACGCCAACCUGGCCACAAGGGAAGGCAACUGGGCUAACAGGAAGACUUUUCGGAACAUGGAGGGAGCCACAGACGAUGACUUUCAAGAAUCCUGGCUACUACGACAUAGAUGGCAGAAGACAUGUCAGUCUGGCACGUUCCCAACAACACGCCCUUUUACCACUGGAACCUGGCUGCCAUCAUGCGCUACCACACUGACAGGCGCUUCCCUCCAUCUGUAA